GAGGCGGGGCGGAGGCGGGCUUGGGACUGGCUGAGGCUCCGGUGGGUAGGUGGGCUCAGACCGAGGGGACUACGGGUCGGCGUUGGGCUCAGUGGGCUCGAACAAAGGACGCUCGGGCAGGGACGCGGCGCGGCGCCUCCUGACGGGUAGCUGGGCGGCCGGCCGCGGCUUCCCGGCCAGCCAGUGCCCUCCCCGCGCGGUCCCAGUCGGCUUCUCCUCGGAUCCCCGCGGCCAGCGCCGCGGUGCGGGGCCCGGCGCAGCGGCACCUGCUGCUGAGGGACCCCGCGGCCCGCCCGGGCGCUCGUGAUGGGGCUGAUCUUCGCCAAACUGUGGAGCCUCUUCUGUAACCAAGAACACAAAGUAAUCAUAGUGGGACUGGAUAACGCAGGGAAAACCACCAUUCUUUAUCAAUUCUUAAUGAACGAAGUGGUUCAUACAUCUCCAACCAUAGGAAGCAAUGUUGAAGAAAUAGUCGUGAAGAACACUCAUUUUCUCAUGUGGGAUAUUGGUGGUCAGGAGUCCCUGCGGUCAUCGUGGAACACGUAUUACACAAACACCGAGUUCAUCAUUCUUGUGGUCGAUAGCAUUGACAGAGAACGACUAGCUAUUACAAAAGAAGAAUUAUACAGAAUGUUGGCUCAUGAGGAUUUACAGAAGGCUGCCGUCCUUAUCUUUGCCAAUAAACAGGAUAUGAAAGGGUGUAUGACAGCAGCCGAAAUCUCUAAAUACCUCACCCUGAGUUCAAUUAAGGACCACCCCUGGCACAUUCAGUCCUGCUGUGCUUUAACAGGAGAAGGGUUAUGCCAAGGUCUAGAGUGGAUGACGUCCCGGAUUGGUGUGAGAUAACUUUUUGGCUUGAAAGAGAUCUACUCUAUUUAUUCUGUGACAUGAACAUUUUUGCCUAGUACCUUUGGCUGCUGAGGAAGCAGCAUGUUUAAUUUAUAACAACACAAACCUCUAUGAGCAACACUUGAAUCAAGUGCAGCUGAACUGGAACAGAAAAGAUUUUUUUCUUAACUUUUUUUUAAUGCACUAAUCUUCAAUUGGAUGAACAUAAUGUAUACCUGUUUUCAGCAACAGAAUUCCUCUGACUGCUUAUUCUAAUUAUUCAACAACUGCCUUGUAAGAAAUGUUUGUCACAUGUUUAAUGUUUUCUGGAUUGUAAUAACUUUCAUAACCAAUUUCUUUCAUUUCUUGGCCACCCCAUCCCCCCACCAGGUAAUUACUGGUUUGACAGAGUAGUGGUGGAAAUCAUCAGAUACUGCUUGCAGACUUACCCAGCACUAAAAACACUGGCUCCCUCUCUAAGCCACUUAUCUUUUGGACAGAACUUAUUAUAGAGAAAGAAAUCUGCCUAGAAGAUGUAUGUAAGGACAAUGAAACAUCACGAAAACUGCCUUUAAGUGAGUUAACUUCCCCCAUAUUACAAGUCAUGGAGUAAUUUUAAGUUGCUGUUAGCAUGGAAAUUAAGUAGCGUAUUUAUCUAAAAUUAAGUUCACUUUUCUGCCUACAACACAGGAUCGGUUUUGGUCAAAACUAAUCAAGGUAAAAUAUUUAUUUCAAAGGCCAACUUUGAUGGUAAAUAUUCUGAAUAAAUGUAAUAUUUUAAGCACGUCACAUUAUUCAGUGCGUACGUAACUGUCGGAGGUUAUGAGCACAUACCAGCACUAAAAGUAAAACAAGGCACUGGGAAUAUAUUUUACUAUCAGUUACAAACAACCUUGUUCCAUUUGCAGUGGGCACCACAUCUGCUUUGGAUAGUAACUAAAGCAGAAGUAUGAACAGUUCAUUUUAUUUCUUAAUGUUGGAAAUUGUGUCUGUAAUAGCAUUUCUACCACCAGCAGUAUAUUACUUAAAAAACAAUAUGGCUUUCCUUAAAUAUGUUUGAGGUUGUAGUGUGAUUGGCUUACGUGUCUGCCAUUUGUCAUGUUCUAAAUCUUUUGCUGGAUUAUAUGGAAACAGCUGAAUUUCAUCAUAGCUUUGAGAAUUUUACUGUAAUUCUUAAGGUUAAUAUACUAAUAUACUAAGGUUAAUUCUUAAGGUUAAAAAAUAGUUAAUGAAAAACUCAUAAUCUAUCAAAAGUGUGUUUAUUGGGUAACAUUAAAACAUUUUCAAGGCAGUUGUCUAAUACAAACAGUAAUUGAGCAGUGCACACCUAAAGAGGGGGGACCAGUAUUGUGAUUUUGAUCCUCUUUAUUUCAAAUGUGUGAUUUUGCCAUGAUGAAAGGGAUAAAACACAUAUGUAGAAAAUAAUUAAUACCUUAUUUUUGCAGUACUUUUCCUUCAUUUGGGUCAAAAACAGGAUUCAGUGUUCAUAAGAAUAUCAAUACCUAUUCAAAAGUGAAAAAUUUUUUUGUUGAAGUUGGUUUCAGUUUUGCUGUUUUCAGUUAUACUUGAUUUAUUAUAUUUAGUCUAAUUAGUUGGGUGUGGGAGCAUUUUUCUGAUUUCUAUUCGGUGGUAGCAUACCCUAGAACUGAAAAAUGAUCAGAAGAAAGCUUUCUGGGCUUUGGGAACUUUUUAUUCAUUAACCUUGUUUUGAACCUUUUUCUGUGUGAUUCUAUACCAGGUAGAGGAUACAUUUUGUUUUUAAUGUAACCUAUAGUCAAGAACAUGAGAGAAAAGCAGACAUAAUAUGGAUGCUCUGUGGUGUGUAUGUGGUGGUGGGGAUAGGAGGAAUUAUGAAAGCACCAUUUACCUAAAGCACACUUUGCCAGAACUUCUAUCUUGGUUGUAGAGUUUAGCCAUGAAUACUGAAGAUAAUUCUCUUUAAUUCUGUCCUGAGAAAAAGCAUUAUUUAAUACUCCUGUAUGUGUUCUUAACUAUAAAGUUUGUAUCUAAUGAAAAUGGCUGGUUCAAUUCUUUCAUCAAGUUACAUUUUUUUUGGUUUUUUGUUUUUACCACAUCAGCAUUAUAUUGAAAGUGUUAUUUUGUCAAACUACUAGUAUAGACUCGGGUUUUCUAUUUAAUUUUGAACAUACAAUUUAUUUUCUAAAUCCUUUUUAAAGGGUACUUGGUUGGUUUUGGAUUAGAAAUGAUUUAUGUUAGCUGUGUGUUAAAGAUGAAAUCAGCAUUCAGCUAGGUUUUGUGCCAACAGUUGGGAACAGUUCAAUUAGGAAAUUCACGUAAGCCUUUUUUAAGUGUGAAGUUCUCAUUAGACGUUUCCUCUUACAGUAAUAGGAAAACUGAUUACCCUUUACUCCAAGAGAAUGUUUUGACCCAAGCACAUACCUAACACUAAAGCAUUGAUUCUGACAUUCAUUGAAAGUCAACCAACUAUAAGAUAAUUGUCUGAUUAAAAAUGUAAAUUUGUCAUUAGUGCCUUCAUUCGUAUUUUGAGAUAAGUUCUCAAUUUUGUAUUAUACCUGUUCUUUAGAAUCAGAUCAGCAGCUAAUUAAUGAAACAGUUCAAAUUUCACCCUACCCAUCAGUCCAUCAGUUGCCUAGCCAAGUUUCUAGUCAGUGGUGAAAAGCAGGGGACCCACCCACGUUACUUUUGAGAGAUUAUUCUACAUUUUGUUUUUAAUUUGAGGAUGAAGAAACUAAAUUCUAAUGUUCUUUUGUAUAACUGAAAUGUAACUGCUACCCUUGUAAGUUCACAUGUGGCAUUUUUCUUCAUUUUGAGGAUGUUGCAUUCUUCAUAUUUAAACCUGUCUUUCUUAUUGAAGCCCAUUUAAGAGCUCUUUUAGAAUUAACAAGCCCUUUUAUAUGGGAACAUACUAAGUAUUUUGUAUUGCUAGUGUAAUUUAAUUUCUUAAAAUCUGAAAUAAUAUACCUAUAAUCUAAUAACUGAUGGUUAAAUACAUAAUUUUUGCUUUUAGUUUCUGUUAGUAUGCUUAAAGGUAUAUUUUUAUUCUAUAUGCAUUAGAGGAAUGAUAACAGAUUGAAAUUUCAUUGUUAAAAAUCAUUUUUAAAUGGGCACCACUCCUGUAGCCAUUUUGAUUACACAUAAAUUAACUUUCAUUAUCUAUAGCAUAAAGAAAAUAAUUAUUUUCCUAUAGAAACUGAGUGAUAUAGGCAGUUCUGUUAACUAUUCUCUGAAGACUUAUGGGGAAUCACAAAGCAAAGGAAAUUUUGAAACAAUAAAAGCUUUAUUUUUUGAAAAAUCUUUUUGAUGUAGUAUCUUAGGACAAAUUGUAAAUGGAAUUGUCUCUGACUAGCAUUCUUAAUUCUUAACUAUGUAAACAAUAUCAGUAGAAGAAAAUGUACUGAUAUUAUGCCUAGAAUAGAUGAAUUCCAUUGACAUUUGUCUUUGAAGACCACUUUCUGAGUCUAACUUUUCAUCUGUGGCUUUGGAUCCAAAACAUUUCAUAUCUAGUGCAAUUCUAAAGGAUCUUCUGUAUUUUGUUGGGGUAAAGUCACUCGAAGAUACAGCAUGACUUAUAUCUAGUAGAAUAUUGUGUGUUGUGCUCGCUGUCUGAAGAAGUGAGUUUGAAUCUUAAUUUAGCCAUUACCUGCUUGACCUUAGACAAUUACUGUUGUUCAUGACCUUCCUACUGUUUUUCCCUGUACCAAGGAACUUUAACUAGAGCACCAACAUGGUUUUGUUUUUUGUUUUUUGGGUUUUUUGUUUUUUUUUUUGGUUUGGUUUGGUUUGGUUUUUAAAUCCUGAAUCUUUAUACCCUAUUAGAAACUGAAAAAGUAAAACAAAAACUAGGGAAAGACAUGUAAUAUGAAAUUAAAUGUAUUCUUUUCUAUUAUUUGAUUCCCAGCCCACUAUCAUGUCAUUUAGUGUAUGAAUACAGUCAAAUAAAACUAUCAGCUAGUCACUGUAACUCCACUUAAAUUGAGCUAUAAUUUAAUGACAGUGCAAAAGAGAAAGUAAGCCAUAUUGCUAAGGGGAUAAUAUUAAGCUGCUUAUAAAACACCAGUGUGUGUUGAGAAUACUCUCUUCUAGAAAGUAUCUUGCUUGAUUUCCUGGCUUUUUCUAAUUGAAUGGAAAUGGUUAAGUUUGUUCAGUUUUUUGGCUUUAGAGACGACCCCAAACUUCAGUUCUGUUUGACUUCCCAGUAUUGAAAGGCUAGUAUACAGCCAGGAUGUCAAUGUUUUACAAAUGUCUGUAUAAAUCUGAAGGUAGUUAUAUUCAGGGUUAGUUUUUUCAGUACUGUCUCAUCCUUAUUAAUUUAUGCUUACUGUGAAGACUGAAAUCUAAAAGUCAACUUCCCAAAAAGGUUUUUUUUCCCCCAAAAAAGUAUUUUUUAACAGUUCCAGGUGACCAGAGCUACACAGAGGACCAAUUAAAAAAACAAAUUUUUUUUUCAGCUACUUCAUUUUAAAGUUAGAGUAGAAAAAAAGACACUUUCACAGAUGUAAAGUCAGUUUUAAAUGUAUAUAGUCUAGUGCAAUGUAUAAGAAAUGUUAACUUGAAGAUUUAGAGGCAUACCUCAAAACAAAAAACUUGAUAGUAAAGAUGACCAUGAGGUAAAAAAAUCUUCAGUAGAAUAUUUGAAUAAAAACAAUGAAUUGUGCCCAUUCAAGGCACUUAAGAUUACUAGAAAAUUCAGUCUUAUUGUAGAACCAGAUGACCUAUGUUAUUUUCAACGUGGCCAAAGAACUGAAGACUGAUUAGGUUUCUAGAAUUUGGGGGUGUUAGUCACAGAGAGGCACCUUUUGCAUUGUUCUAAAACCAAUAAUCUACUUUUUCUCAUAGACAUGGGUAAAUAAAAUGUGCUGUUUAUAUUUUUUGGAAUAGAAAAGUUCUAGCAGAAUGGAAAUGUUCUCUUUCAUGAACUUUAGUUAAAACGUUACCUCAUUUUUCAGUUCAUAAGGUGCUUUACUCCAGUUUUUGAAAUGUAGCACCAUCCCAUAAAAACCCCCUUCACCUAAACUAUUAGUAAUAUGCAAAAUUCCCAACUAAGGGAUAGCGUUCCUUGGAGAUUUUGUUCUCUUUUACUCGUUUACCACCAGCAGGGCUAAUGUGGUGCAGCUGAUCCACGUACUGUCUUCAUUAGCACAAGGGCAAGCGCUCAGUCAACAGUUAAUUAAAAUCAAAUAAGGGAAAGGAAAAACCCUAAAAUUUGAUUGAUUGAUUUAUACUGUGAAUCUAUUGCCAUCAGUGUUGGUAAGAUAUCAAAUGACUAUCAGUUGACGCUGGUUAUGUACAAUUUGUUUGCAUAUUUUGGCCCUAUUCAUAAGCAACUGUAAUCAUUUUAAUCUUCUUGCAUUUUCCUUCAGGAAAUUCAGGGACUCUGCAGUCCCUGUUUGGUUCUCUUGGAGUAAACUGUUCAGUGUAGUUACGAAAACUUCAUUUUUAAUUUUUAAAAUGUUUAGCUGCUAUCUCAUUAAAAGUGUGAAAUAAAAUGAUGGUUAUGACUUUUUUCCAAUUAUGUAAUAGUUAUAAACCUUACCCUGUUCAUCUAUUGUACAGAGCAUGGUUUAAAAAACUAAAACUAAAACUAAAAGCAGUUACAGCUUUGCUCUUGGCAUUUGUUCUAAUCAGAAUAUAAUGAUUAUAAUCACACAUCACCAUUGUAACAUAAAUUGGUGCUUUAGAGCAUUAAAGGAGAAACAGCAGGCCCUGUAUAUUUCUCUCCUCAGAAUGUAAAACUACAUUAAAGUGUCUGUAUUUAUAUGUAUGUUCAUUUCUUAAGGUUUAAAUACAAACUGUUGUUAAUCCAUCAAGCUACAGGCUUUCUGCAAAUGCUGUAACAGUAUCUUAGCUAAUGAGCUUGGUCAAAUGAAGAUGGUAUUAAAGCCAGAAUUAUGAAUUGGAUCUCUCUGGGGGCCCCCAGUAUUGUACAGAGGAAAAAAAAUUUCUUUCGUACCAUGAACUGUGCUUCUUAAUCCCACUCAAGCAACUGAGAUGUGUGCUACUGGUCCAAUAUAUAAAGCAUUAAUAAAACCCUAAGAGCAAACAAAUUACUUAAUGCAUUCACAUCAUUGCUUCUUGAAAACGGUUCAAAGUGUGUUCUUCUAAUGGUGGGGUUGUUGAAAAGACAUGAUUUAAAUUUUUAAUAGCUUUAUUACUGUCAUGAAAUGCUUCUAUAUGUUAAACUUACGUUGCUGGUACUCAUGAUUUUUUAUUUCUGCAAUUGUGCUGUAAUGAGUUGCUCGCAUGCCUACUUACCCAAGUGAAAGGAUGCUGUUUGCUCUGGAAUGUUCAUUUUUUAGACAGGUUUUGUCUCAUUUGCAAUCAUGGUGCAAUACAGUGUAACAUUCAUUUGUUUUCAGUCAACAGUUUUAUUUUUGUCAUAAUAAAUAAUUACUUUUCCAAUACGA